CAUGAAAGCCAUGACUUGCAUGCAUGAGUGUGUAACCAGACGUUAAAAAGCAGCCAGGACGACACCACGCAUGUGUUAAUCUGCGCUGCAGCAGCGUGCAUCACUUCCACUUUGACCUCGGAGUUAAUCUGCAUUCAGGCAGCAGCUCCAGUCAUUUUCUUUUCAUUUUUUAAAAAAAUCUCUUUUCUCUCUCUCUUUUUUUAAAUUGAUGGAUUUGGAAAGUGAUGCGUGAGUGUGGGGGCAAGUGUAUGUGUGAAUGUGCCUGUGAGCGUUGUUGUCUUCCCUAACUACCUCUAUGUGCCUUCCCCACCCCCACCCCUCACUCUUUUCUCUACUCUAUUAUAUUAUUCUCCAAGAUUUGGAGAGCUGCUGCCUGAGCUGACGCUUUGAUUGUAUCUGCAAGGGUUUAUGCUGUUUAUCUUAUUUCUGCACUCUGAAUAUCAAUUCCCGUGGCUGGAAGCAAUGCAUUUUCCCACUGACGGGACCUGGUAGGGGAGGGUGGUGGUGGGGGAGUUACUACAUAAUAAUAAGCAUACUAAUAACAAUAAUAAAGAAAGGAAAUAACCGUCUGCAACCAAGAGGAAAGGAAGAGUAAAAACACCAAACGAUGAGUUCUCCAGUUGCAAGGAGAACAGGAAGCCGGGUACUCUCGUCUCCUGCAUUUUCUCUGAAAAUGAUGGUGUGGGUUCUGCUCCUACUCGCCCUCCACCCGGGCCUCAGUAGCCAGAAAUCUGAUGAUGACUAUGAAGAUUACGCUUCAAACAAAACAUGGGUUUUAACUCCGAAAGUCCCAGAGGGAGAUGUCACUUUCAUCUUAAAUGGCUUACUGGAAGGAUAUGACAACAAGCUGAGGCCUGACAUAGGAGUAAAACCAACAUUAAUUCACACUGACAUGUAUGUGAAUAGCAUUGGACCAGUGAAUGCUAUUAACAUGGAGUAUACAAUUGACAUUUUUUUUGCGCAAACCUGGUACGACAGACGCCUGAAAUUUAACAGUACCAUAAAGGUCCUCAGGCUCAAUAGCAACAUGGUUGGGAAGAUUUGGAUCCCAGACACUUUUUUCCGGAACUCCAAAAAAGCCGAUGCCCACUGGAUCACGACGCCUAACCGCAUGCUCAGAAUUUGGAAUGAUGGCCGUGUACUAUACACACUCAGACUGACAAUAGAUGCUGAGUGCCAGUUACAGUUGCAUAACUUCCCAAUGGAUGAACAUUCCUGCCCCUUGGAAUUCUCCAGCUAUGGCUACCCACAGGAAGAAAUUGUUUAUCAAUGGAAGCGCAGCUCUGUUGAAGUAGGAGAUACAAGGUCUUGGAGGCUUUAUCAGUUUUCAUUUGUUGGACUAAGAAAUACUACUGAGGUGGUGAAGACAACUUCAGGGGAUUAUGUUGUGAUGUCUGUGUACUUUGACCUAAGCAGAAGAAUGGGAUAUUUUACCAUUCAGACUUACAUUCCUUGCACUCUCAUUGUUGUCUUAUCUUGGGUGUCUUUCUGGAUCAAUAAGGAUGCCGUUCCAGCCAGAACCUCAUUAGGUAUUACCACUGUCCUAACGAUGACUACUCUUAGCACAAUUGCCCGUAAAUCUCUCCCCAAGGUGUCUUAUGUGACAGCCAUGGAUCUCUUUGUGUCUGUCUGCUUUAUUUUUGUCUUUUCUGCCUUGGUGGAAUAUGGCACCCUGCAUUACUUUGUCAGCAAUCGGAAGCCAAGCAAGGACAAAGACAAAAAGAAGAAAAACCCACUUCUUCGGAUGUUUUCCUUCAAGGCACCAACAAUUGAUAUUCGACCAAGGUCAGCCACUAUUCAAAUGAACAAUGCCACACACCUUCAGGAGAGAGAUGAAGAGUAUGGUUAUGAGUGUCUUGAUGGCAAGGACUGUGCCAGUUUUUUCUGCUGCUUUGAAGAUUGCCGAACAGGGGCAUGGCGUCAUGGAAGAAUACAUAUCCGUAUUGCCAAAAUGGACUCUUAUGCUCGGAUCUUCUUUCCCACUGCCUUCUGCUUAUUCAACCUCGUCUACUGGGUUUCUUAUCUUUACCUUUAAACAAGGGUGGAACAAUGAUAAGAGUCUUACUCAAUGAUUCCCAUGGGGAGAUGGUUUAAAGGUUCCCUUUAAAUGUUCACUUAAUAUAAUCUCUCUUAUGCUUUAUACUGGUCUCAAUUUGUUUGUGCCAUAAUACAGAAUAUCCUAAUCAUGCCAUGUCAUUUGUCCCUAACUUUCCGUUGGUUAGUGUGAUUUGAACAUUACUGAUUGAAUGUAUGAAAACUGUUAUAAAUGGAAAAUAAGAAUGUUGAAAACAAAAGUAGAUCAAAAUGUAGCAUUGGCAGCUGUAACAGAAAUGGAAGGGGUGUGAACUUGAAGUGGUAGGAUACCUUUUCCCUUCCAUUGUAUAAACAUAUACAUGCAAAAAAAUUUUAAGAAAUGUGCAACGUCUUUGUUUGGGGUAGAGAGACAUGGUCAAUCUUUACCCUUUAGAAUCUUUCAUUUUGUGAAGCAUCAUCUCUCAAUUCAAAUAAGUGUUACUAGCCUUGACAAGUUAUCCUCCCAUACCCCCAAGCUAAUAAUAGAAGAACAAAAUACUAUCCUUUUAAGAGCACAUGUAACAUGCUGUAAAUAUUGAAAUACCUUAUAAUGCUUAAAGUAGUGCAUGCAUCGUUUUAGGGCCAAAAUAAAUGAAGCAAAGAUA